AUGACGGGAGUCGGCGCCUUCAUCAACGGCAAGUGGGAGCCCAACGCGGUGGUGACCGUGGAGAAGGGCGCUCACGUGCCUUUCCAUCCAACCCUCGCGGAUGUGAGCGACCAGACCAAGCGAGCGUUCUCGGCGGUGGCGGCGGAGCGGGUGGCUGCCAAGCUGGAGGCGAAGGCCAGACCGAUGGAAUUUCAGGCCAAGCUGGAGGCGGCGGCGCAGUUCGCCCUGGACGCCGAGGCGCACGAGGCCCGGCGAAAGCUAGCGAAGAAGAAGCGCCAGAGAGACAAAAAGAAGAAGAAGAAGAAGAAGCGGAGGCGGGAUUCGUCGUCGUCGAGCGACAGCGACUCGUCGUCGUCGUCCUCGGAGGAGGAGGCGAGGAGGAGGAGCAAGAAGCCGGUCGAAGAAGUCCAGGCGGUCUUCGUCCUCGUCGAGUAG